GUUACGGUUGGUUGCCAAUAACGCGGAGACAAGAAGAAGAAGAACGCCCAUUUUGCUCACGCUGUCACUGCUGCUGACAUAUCAACAGACAAGAGGACAAAGAGCUGCAAUGGACGGUGAUGUUGCAGUUGGUGUGAAGAGAGGCUCAGAUGAGCUCAGCAUGUACGGUAGCAGCCCCAACUCUGUGACGGCGAACGGCAGUGACAGUAAGAAACAACGUCUGGAGGAAUCACCCCCCUCCAGAGUGCUCCACAUCAGAAAACUUCCCAGUGAAGUGUCAGAGACUGAAGUCAUUGCUCUGGGACUGCCCUUUGGGAAGGUCACCAAUAUACUGAUGCUGAAGGGGAAAAACCAGGCUUUUCUGGAAUUGGGUACAGAAGAAGCAGCCAUUACUAUGGUGAACUACUAUACAGCUGUCACACCACAGGUCAGAAACACUCCUGUCUUCAUUCAGUAUUCCAACCAUAAGGAACUUAAAACAGACUCGGCUCUGAACCAGAGAGCCCAGGCUGUGCUGCAGGCAGUGUCAGCAGUUCAGGAUGGAAGCUCUCCAUCUUCUGACCCAGGUGUUUUAGACCUGGCUCCACCCCCCAGUCCUGUCCUGCGAAUUAUCAUUGACAACAUGUUUUAUCCUGUGACACUGGAUGUUCUACAACAGAUCUUCAGUAAGUUUGGAACCGUAAUGAAGAUUAUAACCUUCACCAAGAACAACCAGUUUCAGGCUCUUCUGCAGUUCAGUGACCCCGUCAAUGCACAACAAGCCAAACUGUCUUUAGAUGGACAGAACAUCUAUAAUUCAUGCUGUACUCUGCGAAUAGACUUCAGUAAACUGGUCAACCUUAAUGUCAAAUACAACAAUGAUAAGAGUCGAGACUACACCAGACCUGACCUCCCCACAGGAGACGGAGAGUCAACAAACAAGGAUCAUUCUUUAUUGGGUACCCCAUCUGGAGCACUAGCUUCCUACUCUAGUGGAGGAGGUUACUCAUCAUCUCUCUCCCUCUCGCAGGGUGGAGGAGCCAUUAGUCCCCUAAGUGCUGCUGCAGCUGCAGCAGCUGCUGCAGGUCGUGUUGCUCUGUCGGGCUCCGGAGUGUCAGGGGUCCUGUUGGCAUCCAACCUAAAUGAAGAGGGGUCUAUGGUGAUGUGCAGAGGGUGAAGAUCCUUUACAACAAAAAGGACAGCGCUCUGAUCCAGCUGUCUGAUGGUAACCAGGCUCAGCUUG